AUGUCUCAAACCGAAUACCCCAUCCUCCCACUCACAGACACCCUCACCAAUCUCCCCGCCGAGUAUCCCACCAAUGUCCAAGACCAAAUAACCCAAAUCCUGACAACAACCCCGAUAAACCGCCUGGUAGUCCUCGACGACGACCCAACAGGAACACAAACCUGCCACAACAUCUCCGUCCUAACAGUCUGGGACAUCCCAACCCUAACAGUCGAAUUCCGAUCUCAAACCCCCGGAUUCUUCAUCCUAACCAACUCCCGCGCCCUCCCACCAACCCAAGCAUCAGCCCUCAUCCACGAAAUCUGCACAAACGUGGCCCAAGCAGCGAAAAUAACAAACCAAAAAGUCGACAUCGUCCUCCGCGGCGACAGCACUCUCCGCGGCCACUUCCCGCUGGAACCAGACGUCGCACAGUCAGUCUUCGGGCCAGCCGAUGGAGUCAUUCUCGCUCCGUUCUUCUUUCAGGGUGGAAGGUUCACGAUCGAUGAUGUGCAUUACGUUGUCGAGGGCGAGAGGCUUGUGCCUGCUGGCAUGACGCAGUUCGCGAAGGAUGCUACAUUCGGAUAUAAGAGUUCGAAUUUGAGGGAUUAUGUGGCUGAGAAAGCUGGCUCUGGGAGGUUUACGGAGGGGCAGGUUUGUUCUGUAACGAUAGAGGAGAUUCGCAUCGGAGGGCCAGAGGCUGUUUGUGAGAAAUUGCUUGCUGUCCCCGUUGGGGGCGUGAUUAUUGUUAAUGCGGCGGCGGAGUCGGAUAUGGAUGUAUUCGUUGCUGGGUUGUUACUUGCCGAAUCAAAAGGAAAACACUUCCUCUACCGCACCGGCGCAGCCUUCGUCUCAACACGACUCGGCAUCCGCUCUAAACCACCCAUUUCAGCAGCAGAGCUGCUCCUCCCCUCACCCCGUACAACCGGCGGACUGAUUAUAGCCGGCUCGUACGUGCCCAAGACCACAGCACAGCUGAAGGUGCUGACGGACCGGCGCUGUGCAACGGGCAAGCUAGCUGUCAUGGAGAUGAAAGUCGAGGAGCUUAUUGCGUCGCCGGAGAGUGCGGCGUUGGCUGUGCGGCGUGUUGUACUGGAGACGGAAGCUUCGUUGCGGGAUGGGAUGGAUACGCUUGUUAUGACGAGUCGGAGGCUUGUUACUGGUGAUGAUGAGUUGGCGUCACUGGAGAUUGGCACGCUGGUUGCUGAGGCGUUGGUUGGUGUUUUAAGAGGGAUUGAGGUGCGGCCGAGGUUUAUUAUUGCUAAGAAGGGUGGGAUUACUUCGUCGGAUGCUGCGACUAAGGGCUUGAAUAUCAAGCGUGCUACUGUCGUUGGCCAGGCGGCUCCGGGUGUGCCUCUUUGGAGGUGCAAUGAGGAGACGAGUCGGCAUCGAGGUGUGCCUUUUGUUGUCUUCCCUGGUAAUGUGGGUGGGGAGGAGACGCUCUGUGAGUUGGUGGAAGCCUGGAGUUAG